GGAACCACCUUUUUCCCUUCCUUUAUAAGUUUGAAAGUAGGAAGCUCUUUUCAUCAUCGCAGAUAAACGAGAAAUUGAUGAUGAAAAGAUCAGAGAGUUCAAGCAAGAUGAUGAAGAAGAAAGAAAUUACUAAUGAUCAUGGCUUCGUUGACACCGUUUUUUCAUGGUCUCUUGAGGAUAUAUUCAAUGAAAAUCUUUUCAAGGUGGAAAAUAUUCCAGAGUCAUUUUACUCGGUUCGGCAUUAUCUUGGAUCAUAUGUAAUUCCUUUAUUGGAAGAAACCCGUGCACAAUUGAGCUCAAGCAUGGAAAUUAUUUCCAGAGCACCGUUUGCUGAAAUGGUUUCCUUCUUUGAGGCCAAGCCCCACGACACAUUAUUGUAUGAUGUUAAUAUUGAUUAUUGGAGAAACAGAUCCCGUGGCAGCGGCAACGAGCAUUCCAAAACAUUGCCCGGCGACAUCGUUAUUUUAACAGGUGCUAAACCUGAAAAUGUCUCUGAUUUGCAAAGGGUUGGAUGGACAUGGACAUUUGCUGUGGUCACCACUAUAAGAGGAGACGAGACCGAGGAUGCUGCUACAUAUACUUCUUUCACAGUCAAGGCGCAAAAAGACAUUGAAAUUAGUGAUGGACUGCAGAAAUCACUUACUGUGAUUUCAUUGACUAAUAUAACAACUAGCAAAAGAAUAUGGAAUGCACUCCACAUGUUCGGAAACUUGAAUAUCAUCAAAGAGAUUCUGUGCACUGAUUCUGUGGUUGAGGAAAAUUGCAACCAAUAUUCUAUGCGGGAACGUGCAAUCUAUGAUGAGAGUGUUGUGAAUUUGUCAUCUAAACUGAAUGAAUCCCAAAGCAAGGCGGUUUUGGCAUGUCUGCUUAAAAAGCAAGGCAACAAUAAGUCGGCAGUUGAACUUAUUUGGGGCCCACCAGGGACUGGGAAAACCAAAACAGUCAGUAUGUUGCUCUUUAGCCUCCUAAAAAUGAAAUGCAGAACUCUAACAUGUGGCCCAACCAAUGUUUCAAUUACAGAAGUGGCCUCUAGGGUGCUCAAGCUGGUCACAGAAUCUCAUGAAGCAGAUUUAGGAACCGAUUCUUUGUUUCAUUCUGUGGGAGAUAUUCUUUUGUUUGGGAAUAAGGACAGACUCCAAGUUGAUUCUGAAACUCAGGAAGUCUAUUUGGAUUAUCGUGUCAAAAGGCUUAUAGAGUGCUUUGCACCUCUGACUGGUUGGUGGAAUUGUUUCAAUUCGACAAUUGAUUUUUUCGAAGAUUGUGUUUCUCAGUAUGCCAUUUUCGAGAAGAAUGAAUUAAUCAAAAUGCAGGAGCAUGAUGGUGAAAAUGAAGGGAAAAGGGAACCCUGGAGCUAUCAAGCUGUUGCACUCAAAGGAGAGCUCAAAACGUUUCUCGAAUUUAUGAGAGAUAGAUUCCGCUCUACUGCGUUGCCUCUAAAAAGAUGCCUCACUUUAUUAUGCACUCACAUACCAGAAACUUGCAUUCUCAAACAUAACAUUCAGAACAUCGUAUUCUUGUUGGGGUUACUUAACUCUUUUGAAUCUUGGCUAUUCCAUGAGGAUGUGAUUUCUGAUGAAUUGCUUGAAGUUUUUUCACACCCAGGGCUAGAUAAGUAUUCUUUCCGAGGUUUUAACGAUAUAUUGUUGCGGUUGAGACUAAAGAGAAGGGAAUGCCUUACUAUGUUGAAAAGAGUAUGGAAUUCUCUCCGCCAUCUGGAUCUUCCAAGUACUAUGAACAAACGGUCAAUAGAGGAAUUCUGUUUCCAGAAAGCAACCUUAUUUUUGUGCACAGCUUCUAGUUCGUAUAAGUUACAUUUCUUGCCUAUUGAACCACUGGACUUUUUGGUAGUUGACGAAGCAGCUCAGCUAAAAGAAUGUGAAUCAACAAUACCCCUACAACUUCCUGGUAUUAGGCAUGCUAUUCUAAUCGGUGAUGAGUGUCAAUUACCAGCUAUGGUCGUAAGAAAUGUUUGUGAUAAGGCUGGCUUUGGAAGGAGUUUAUUUGAAAGGCUCAGCUCAUUGGGUCAUUCAAAACAUCUUUUAGAUAUGCAGUACAGAAUGCAUCCAUCCAUCAGUUGCUUCCCUAAUUCAAAAUUCUACUUCAAUCAGAUCUUAGAUGCACCAAAUGUCAAGGCUAGAAGUUAUGUAAAGCAUUAUCUUCCAGGGCCAAUGUUUGGUCCCUAUGCAUUCAUAAAUGUAUUGGGUGGAAGAGAAGAGCUAGAUGAUGUUGGGCAUAGCAGGAAAAAUAUGGUUGAGGUAGCCAUUGUGCUGAAAUUACUGCGAAGGCUGUACGAAGCAUGGAGUGGAAAAACGGUUAGAGUUGGUGUAAUAUCUCCAUACACUGCUCAAGUUGGUGUGAUUCAAGAGAAGCUUGGCAAGAAAUAUGAAAACAUUGAUGGUUUUUCCGUAAAGGUGAGUUCAAUCGAUGGAUUUCAAGGUGGCGAAGAGGACAUCGUAAUAAUAUCAACCGUGAGAUCCAAUACAGGUGGAGCAAUUGGGUUCAUCUCUGAUCCUCGGAGAAUUAAUGUUGCUCUUACACGGGCUAGGCACUGUCUUUGGAUUUUGGGGAAUGAAAGAACCCUAUCAAAUAGUGAAUCUAUUUGGGAAAAGUUAGUCCAUGAUGCUAAGGAACGCAAUUGUUUCUUUAAUGCUGAUGAAGACAAGGAUUUGGCCAAAGCCAUUUUAGAAGUCAAGAAAGAGUUUGAUCAGCUGGAUGAUUUGAUUAAGGGUGACAGUGCACUAUUCAGAAGUGCUAGAUGGAAGGUUCUUUUCAGUGAAUACUUCAAAAAAUCAUUUGGCAACCUAGCAUCAGUAAGAAUGAAGACACUUGUUCUGUACCUUCUACUGAAACUUUCCAGUGGCUGGCGUCCUAAGAGAAGGAGUGUGGACUUCAUUUGCGGAAGCUCUUCUCAAAUCUUGAAACGGUUCAAGGUUGAAGGACUUUAUGUAAUCUGUUCAAUUGACCUAGCGAAGGAAAGAUGCUACAAACAAGUUUUGAAGGUUUGGGAUUUAUUACCAUUAGAAAAUAUUCCUAUAUUGGCUAAACGUCUAGAGGGCAUCUUUGAGACGUACACUGACGAUUUUAUCAGUCAUUGCAAUGAGAAAUGUCUAGAGGGAGAUCUGGAAGUUCCAAAAACUUGGAGAACCUCCUUUGAUAUUCCCAGAUAUAAGAGUUGCAGCAACAAUGAAAUAAGAAGCAAUUCAAAUGCUGGUGGUCCUCGUCCCUAUUAUGUAGAGAACUCAAAAGUGAGUGAUAGUUUGCUGCUGAUGAAGUUCUACUCGUUAUCUUCUGGGGUUGUGAGCCACUUGCUUUCUGACCGUGAUGGAAGAGAAUUGGAGCUCCCAUUUGAAGUGACUGAUGAAGAACUCGAGAUCAUCAUAUUCCAAAGAAGUACAUUUAUACUAGGACGAUCAGGGACUGGUAAAACAACUGUUUUGACAAUGAAGCUGUUUAAGAAAGAGCAACUAUUUCAUACGGCAACAGAGGGAUACUUCGAUACUUCAGAGGACAGCAGCAGGAGAAACAAUGUUGCUGAUGACAUUAAAUCUGAUGGGGAUGGUGUUGGAGAUGCCAAAGAAACUGUCUUGCGUCAACUUUUUGUGACAGUCAGUCCAAAACUCUGUUAUGCCAUCAAGCAUCAUGUGAUACAAUUGAAAAGCUUUGCCUCUGGUGGAAAGUACUCAGCAGAAGGGAGUUCAGUUGAUAUGGAAGAUAUUGAUGGUGCAGCACAAUUCAAAGAUAUUCCAAACUCUUUCUUAGAUAUUCCUCCAAAGUCAUACCCACUUGUUAUCACUUUCUUUAAAUUUUUAAUGAUGCUCGAUGGAACAGUGGGUAAUUCGUACUUUGAAAGAUUUUCUGACACGAGGCAGCUUUUGCAUGAAAAAGUAGGGAAUUCAGGAUCAAUCUCAGCACAAACUCUUAUAAGAACAAAGGAGGUUAACUUCGAGAAGUUUUGUGCAGUUUAUUGGCCACGUUUCAAUGAAAAAUUCAAAAAAAAGCUUGAUUCAUCCAGAGUAUUUACUGAGAUAAUUUCCCAUAUAAAAGGUGGCCUGCGAACUGGAGAGUCUUGUGAUGGCAGACUGAGCCGACAGGAUUAUAUUUUUCUGUCAGAAGGUCGUAUAUCCACUUUAAAUAGGCAGAAGAGAGAUUUAAUAUAUGAUAUUUUUGAAGACUAUGAAAAGAUGAAAGCAGAAAAUGGUGACUUUGACAUGGCUGAUUUUGUAAAUGAUCUUCAUCUUCGUCUUAAAACUUACAAGUAUGAGGGUGAUGCGAUGGAUUUUGUCUAUAUUGAUGAAGUACAAGAUCUUACAAUGAGGCAGAUUGCUCUCUUCAAACAUAUCUGUAGGAAUGUAGAUGAGGGUUUUGUUUUUUGUGGUGAUACAGCGCAAACAAUUGCUAGGGGGAUUGACUUUAGGUUUGAAGAUAUAAAAUCUUUGUUCUAUAACGAGUUUGUUUUAGCAUCAAGGCGUGUGGGAAAUGUCAGAAGGGAGAAAGGUCAAAUAUCUAAAAUAUUUCAUUUGAAACAGAACUUUCGUACCCAUGCUGGUGUGCUCAAGUUAGCUCAGAGUGUUAUUGAUCUUCUUUAUCGUUUUUUCCCUUCAUUUAUUGAUGCUUUGAGCCCUGAAACAAGUCUUAUUUACGGGGAAGCUCCUAUUUUACUUGAAUCUGGAAAUGAUGAAAACGCAAUUGUAACUAUUUUCGGGAAUAGUGGGAAUGUGAGAAGCAAUUUUGUUGGGUUUGGAGCAGAGCAGGUGAUAUUGGUGCGGGAUGAUGCUGCUAGGAAAGAGAUUGAUAACUAUGUUGGGAAGCAUGCUCUUGUUUUGACUGUUGUAGAGUGCAAGGGCCUAGAAUUUCAGGAUGUCCUCUUGUACAACUUUUUUGGAUCGUCACGUUUGAAAAAUAAAUGGAGAGUUAUCUAUGAGUUUAUGAAGGAACAAGAUUUACUUGAUGCCAAUUCCCCAUCCUUUCCAAGUUUCGAACCGGCAAAACAUAAUGUCUUGUGCUCUGAGUUGAAGCAAUUAUACGUUGCUAUCACUCGUACACGGCAAAGGCUGUGGAUUUGUGAGAACGUGGAGGAGUUCUCCAGACCAAUGUUUGACUACUGGACGAAGAAGGGCCUUGUCCAAGUGAGUAAACUGGAUGAUUCGCUUGCCCAGGCAAUGCAAAUUUCUAGCAGUCCUGAAGAGUGGAAGUCUCAGGGUAACAAGCUUUUACAUGAGGGUAAAUAUGAGAUGGCAGCUAUGUGCUUUGAAAGAGGCUGCAAUUUCUCCAAGUGCUUGUCUGCAUGUACCAAAGGAAAACUCUUCGACACGGGCUUGCAUUAUAUACAGUACUGGAAACAACAGGGGACUGCAGAUCAAAGAAGCAGAGAAAUGGAUACAAUUGAACAGGAGUUUCUGGAGAGCUGUGCUCGUCAUUAUUACGAGCUCAAUGACAACAGAGCCAUGAUGAAAUAUGUUACAGCUUUUGAUUCCAUGUCUUCAGCUCGUACUUUCUUGACUAAUUUAGGUUGCCUUGAUGAGCUUUUGUCAUUGGAAGUGGAAUCAGGGAACUUCCUGGAGGCGGCGGGCAUUGCAAACCUGAAAGGCGAGCCUGUCCUUGAGGCAGAUCUACUGGGCAAGGGUAGACAUUUUAAGGAGGCAUCAUUGCUUAUUCUGUGGUUUGUGUUUGCAAACUCUCUGUGGUCAACUGGAAGCAAAGGCUGGCCUUUAAAGCAGUUUCUUCAGAAAGAGGAACUUUUGACAAAAGCUAAGUUACUUGCGAAGGAUGUGUCAGAUCAGUUUUAUGAGUUUGUUCACACAGAAGCUGAAAUUUUAUUGAAUAGCCAGCACAACUUAUUCAAGAUGCAUCAAUGUCUUGUUUCUUCUCGGAGACAUAGUAGUAUCAGAGGUGAAAUAUUAUCAGCUCGAAUGAUUCUGGACUUGCAUCUUCAUUUAAAUACCUCAAAGUAUUGGUGGGAAAAUGACUUAGUGUCUGAUUUAGCAAGGUUGUCAGAGAGAAACUUUUUGAAAAAUCAGGUCUCUGCUGAGACACUUGUUUACUUUUGGAAUUUUUGGAAGGAUAAGAUUGUGAACAUAUUCAAGUUUCUUGGACGUCUUGAAAUGCAAGAUGUAAGUGAAUAUGGAGAUUUUGGUGAAUUCUGCUUGAAUUACUUGGGCGUGAAGAGACAGUUUAAUAAUCUGAACACUAUCUAUUUUCUGAUGAUCUCGGAUGCUCAGUGGGUGAGGGACAUACCCAGAAAAUUUAUCCAAAGGAAGGGGAAAUUGGUUUCUGUAGAUGUUCAUCAGUUUGUCACUGCUGCUCAGGGUUAUUGGUGUUCGGAAUUGCUUUCUGUUGGCAUGAAUGUAUUAACCAAUCUUGAAGCCCUUUACGAUUUAUCAGUUAGGAAUUCUUUGUCCCUCUUCUGCCAAAGCAGGUCUCUUACUCAUAUAUAUGAGGUGGCAAACUUUCUUUUGAAAUGCCAGUUUCUAAGUAGUCAACACGGUGAUAUCAAGGCACUGCAGAAAUUCACUAGACUGGCAACUGGAUGCUUCUAUGAUUGCAUCUAUCCUUGGGACUGGAGAGAAUCACUGAAAGAGAAUAUGAUUUCGUUGAGGAGAACUGCGAUUUGUAGGAAUUUACUCAAGGAAGUUAUCUUUGAAGACGUGAGCUCAAAGAACAAUAUGUCUUAUGCGCAACUUGGAAGGAUCGCAUCGAUGAUUCUUGGUUCUGGUGAGAUGUUAUGUGAACUAUAUGAGAAGAUGGCAGAUGGUUUACAAUGGAAUUCUUCAUGGAAGGCAUUCAUUGAGGAUCUCUGUAGGAAUGUGAGCGAGGUGUCCUACAUGCGGAAGUUGCAUGAAGCUCUAGUAGAUACUUAUAAUGCCAACUGGAGGAAAGGAGAUUAUAUCUUGCCUGGUUGUUUCUUGUACAUGCUUGAACGCCAACUAAUUUUGUUAUCCUACUUCCAAGGCUAUUGUUUGACAACAAAGUCUUCUUUUGUUGAAUGGCUUAUCUACCAAGAAGGCCAUGGGAGUCCAACUUUUGAAAGUUUGACGAGACUUGCACCCCAAUCUACAGAAAGCAUCCUGAAGUUUAUUGUUGACACUGCUCACCUCUUGCUUUAUAAUGAUAAGGAUAUGAUGGAGUGGAUAAGAGUAUCAGAGAAGAACGUGAAGGUCCUGAAUGACUACCAUGCUGUAGUAGUGUUGAGAUUGGUUGUCAUAAUAUGUUUAAUUUAUGUGAACUUUGGAUGGUGUGAAGGCUUGCUUUCUGACUUGCUGGGUAGGAAGUAUAUCACCAAAAAACUGCCGAGUCAGUUUUAUGAUGCCAUCCGGAAGAGGGAGGAACAUAAUUCUCUGAAUGUAAAUCCAACUGUGGUAGCUGAAGCAUUUAGCAAGAUUGGCAAUCCUCUGGUAGUUGUGAGUUUUGGUAAAAAUUGCUCAAGAUUUUUAUGUCCAGAUGCUAUUUUUGUGGACAUGAAGAUCAAUGAAAGCAAAGACAACGUAUUAAGAGUCUUGUUUGCAAAGACUGAUGCUAUAGCUCAGGAUCACACGGGUGCUGUUGAAGCAAACACUAGGAGCUCAUUCAAAGGAAUAGUGUCUCAGGGCAUUGAAAAUCUGGGGAAGAUAACUGAGCUUCCAUCUAAUGUUGGAGAUACGGUGAACUGGAACUCGAGGUGCGGGAAAAAGGACGAGGGUAACCCUCCAUUGCGCCAUGACCGGCUUUGGGAAAUAUUUGAAGCACUAAAAUCUUCGACCCAUGGAGUAGAUGAAAGAAGCAAUAUUGCAUGUGAUCCAACAUUUAAGGUAGAUAUAGACAGAAUUACUUGCCUUUUAAAAGCAGCAAUUGAUGAAAAUUUUCAGAACCCUCCCGGUGUCGAUAAUAAAAACCUGCUUGAGGAAGCUUCCACCAUGCUUCACGAAAUGGGGCAACUUGAUGCUGCAUUAGAAAUGAGGGAACCAGAACAUGAGAGCGACAUUUCUACAAUUGGAGAACUUCUCGAGAAGCUGCUGUCAAGAAGGCCCAUGGUGGAAUUUUUUCUAAGCCAGAUAUUCUUGCAACACGAUGAAAAUCUUAAAAGAGAGAUGUCAGAGAGAAACAUUGCGUCAGAUGGCCAACGUGAUGAGGAAUAUAAUAACAGCAAGGCUGAGGGGAGUUGCGUUUCCGCUGAAGUUGAGAUAAACAUUUCACAGAGUAAUGUUGAAACCGGAGGCAGCAAUCCUGAUAUAUAGAACAAGGGGAAGGGAAACAGCAAGUCUAAGAAAAACAAGGGAAAAGGAGGGCGGAAACGCAAGUGGCCUUAAACCUUUAACGAAUUACGGAAAUAAUAUUUCUCAAAAAAAUCACCUUUUCUUCUGCAUUUGUUUGUAGCAGUGUGAUUUUUCCUUUCCUUUCCUUUUUUUUUUUUCCUGUAUGGAGAAAGAAGAAAAGAAAUAUUAUGAGGGCAUAACACCUACGAAAAACUUGUAAUAUACUGCAAUUAUUUUCAAUUAUUUAUGCUGACUUGUUCAUCUCUCCAGUGGCAGGAUCGUCAAUGGUCAAAUCUUACACCAUACAGCCUCUCAAGAUAAAAGGAACCGUUCCCUCCAUAAAGGCAUCCUGAAUGUGCACUCUAUUAAUAUAAAUCACUUCAAAAUUACCCAUAUUAUUAUAUUGCACACUCUCCAUCUUGCCUCAUCAUCCUCCACGUUCACUACCAUGACAUAAUAACCUGAAAGAAAUUGCAGCUCCAACUCCCAGUGAUGCACAUCUCUAACAAAGCCAACUGUCCAGUGAAUAAUUAUAUCAUGGAAGACGCAGCCAAGAUCUCACCAGAUUAUAUUUAUCACUAGCUAACUGUAAAAACUCAAGAGCUUGGCAGAAUUUCUAUACUGGCUGAAACUCUGAUGACAAAGACAAAAUAGAGAAGUUUCAGUUCAGCUUAUAGCCUGACAUGAGCUUAAAGGCAUAGUUCAUCUAUAAACUCAACUCAAGGAAACCACAAGUCUCCGUUUGUAUGGCAUGGCCCAAAAGGCCCUCAAAAAGUGUUGGCGAUUCCAAAGAUUGAAGGUCUAAGUACACCUGUGGCCUUGUCAUUGCAAAGAACCAACAGGAGGGCCUUAGGCCAAUUUUUUCCCCAAA